CUCAGCGUGACGUCGCAGUUGAAGGGUCAGAGAGGCUGAGAUCCACAUGCAUGAUGUUGUUGAUGCUGGAGAUUUAAACACUUCUUUACCGGUGUUUUAUCGAGUCCUGCGGUGAAAUGAGGAACCUGAAGCUUCUGAAGAGUCUCCAGAGCUCAGAGCUGCAGAUCCUCGGCUCCCCGCUGUGUUUAUCUGUUCGCUCUGACACCGGGUCUCUGCUGGUGGCGUCUCAGUUCUGCAUCUCAGAGUACGACCCGCGCACCGGACAGGUGGUCUCUGAGGCGUCUCUCACUGGUCUGACUGGUUUCCUCCCAGAGGAUGGCAGUGGGGGGGUGGUCGGGCUGCAGGAUCUGGCUGAACUGGAGUCGGCCUGUUUGGCCACAGCGGGGGGCGACGUCGUGCUCUUCAACUUCAACACCUGCCAGCUGGAGUGUGUGGGCAGCGUUGACAGCGGUCUGACCUCCAUGACCUGGAGUCCUGAUGAAGAGCUGGUGGUCCUCACUACCGGUCAGGAGACGAUCAUCAUGAUGACCAAAGAAUUUGAGCCGAUCACUGAGGUGGGAAUCCAUCAGGACGACUUUGGAGAAGGGAAGUUCAUCACCGUGGGUUGGGGGAAGAAGGAGACUCAGUUCCACGGCUCAGAGGGGAAAGAGGCGGCGAAGAAGAAGAUCCAGGAGGUUCAGCCGGCUGCAGAUUGGGACGACCGGCGUCCUCGGGUCACGUGGAGAGGAGACGGUCAGCUGUUCGCUGUCAGUGCCGUGUGCAAACAGAGCGGAAACAGAAAGGUCCGAGUCUGGAACAGAGAGGGAGUCCUGCAGGCCACGAGCGAGACCAUCAAUGGGCUGGAGGCGCCGCUCUGCUGGAAACCCUCAGGCAGUCUGAUAGCCAGCUCUCAGCGUCACCCCAACAAACACAGCGUGGUUUUCAUGGAGAAGAACGGACUUCUGCACGGAGACUUCACUCUGCCCUUCAGCAAGGACCAGGCCAAGGUGAAGGACCUGCUGUGGAACAGUGACUCCUCUGUGCUGGCCGUCUGGCUGGAGGACAUGACGGCUGGAGAGGACGGACUGAUCAACACCUGCAUCCAGCUGUGGACGGUGGGGAACUACCACUGGUAUCUGAAGCAGAGCCUGGACUUCGGCAGGGACGCUCUGAGGGCCCCGCGGUGCGUCUGCUGGGACCCUGAACGGCCCCUCAGGCUCCACAUGUUGACCCACAGCUGGACCAGCGUCACCUACGACUGGAGCUUCACCACCGACAAGAGCUCGGGGUCAGAGGGCAGCGACAACGCCAACGUGGCCGUGAUCGAUGGAGAUAAAAUCCUGGUGACGAACUUCCGUCAGUGUGUGGUCCCGCCCCCCAUGUGCUCCUUUGAGCUGCAGCUGAGCUCACCUGUCAAUCAGGUGACCUUCCUGUGCCAGCCGCAGAGGACCAAUCAGCUGGCAGCGCUGACUUCUGACGGACAGAUUUCACUCUACGUGCAAGAUUUAGGAAAUGAUUUGGACCUAUCAGCUGACGGGUUUCGCAGGAUGUCCCGCCCCCUCGUCCUGCAGAAAACCUUCAGAGUGUGUGUGGAGCCUCUCUCUCUGCAGCAGCUCCUCUGGCUGCAGGAGGACCUGUUUGUGUGUUUGACCUCCAGCCUGCAGACGACCUCCAGCCUGCAGACGACCUCCACCCUCAUCCUGCUGCUGCACCCUGACCCCGAUGAUGAGGACUCUCUCUCUGUCAGGUCUCAGGUGGAGGUGGAUGGAGUUGUGCUCAGUCUGGCUCACGGCUCUCAGAGCGGCUCUGUGGCUCUGCAGCUGGAGCACGGACAGAUCCGGAGGCUCCUCUACAAUGGUCCUGAUCCCUCAGUGGAGGAAUGGAGAGAUUCCAGCGGGUGUCUCAUCAACUUCCCGGUUCCCUGCGUCCAGACGGCGCUCUGCAGCAUCAGUGGGGAGGAACAUCUGCUCGGGCUGACGGACAGAUCCCACCUGUACGUCGGAGACACUGAGCUGGCAUCCAAUAUUUCCUCUUUCGCCGUGUGCAACGACUUCCUGCUCAUCACCACACACUCACACACCUGCCGCUGCCUCCACCUGAACACACUCACUGUCAAAGGUCUGCAGGCGGCCCUGGUUUCAGACGGAGGGCAGAACGAUCAGAACGAUGAGACCCUGCGUCGCGUGGAGAGAGGAUCCAGGAUCGUCACGGUGGUGCCGCACGACACCAGAGUCAUCCUGCAGAUGCCUCGGGGGAACCUGGAGACGGUUCAUCAUCGAGCGCUGCUGCUCGCUCAGCUCAGGAAGUGGCUCGACAGUUUAAGGUUUAAAGAUGCGUUUGAGUGCAUGAAGAAGCUGCGGAUCAACAUGAACCUCAUCUACGAUCACAACCCGAAGGUGUUCCUGGAAAACAUCCAGACCUUCAUCACUCAGCUGAACUCCAUCAGCCACAUCAACCUCUUCCUCACUGAGCUCAAAGAGGAGGAUACGACCGGCAGCAUGUACCCCCGCCCCCCCGACAUUAGCCCCGCCCCCCAACCCGUCUCCCUGCAGAAGAAGGUGGAUGUCGUUUGUGAUGCUUUACGCAGCGCCAUGGAGGCGAUGGAUCCCAACAAGUUCUUCCUCUCCAUCCUGACAACUCACGUGAAGAAGAGCGUCCCCGAGCUGGAGGUCGCUCUGCAGAAAGUCCACGAGCUGAGAGUGAACCCUCCAGCUGAUCCUGGGUCUGUGAGCGCUGAAGAGGCUCUGAAGUACCUCCUCUUCCUCGUCAACGUCAACGACCUCUACGAUCACUCGCUGGGAACGUACGACUUCGACCUGGUGCUCAUGGUGGCCGAGAAAUCACAGAAGGACCCCAAAGAGUACCUUCCCUUCCUGAACAUGCUGAAGAGUCUGGAGCCGAACUACCAGCGCUACAGCAUCGAUAAACACCUGAAGCGCUACAGGAAGGCUCUGCAGCACCUCAGCAGGGCGGGCGCAGAACAUUUCCCAGAAGCCCUGCAGCUGGUGAAGGAGCAGAAACUGUACAGUGAAGCUCUGAGACUUUACUCUGCAGACCCUCCUCACUACAAGGCUCUGAGCUGUGUGUACGCGGACCACUUGAUGCAGAACCAGCAGAUGGAGCAGGCUGGCUUGCUGCUCUGGAGAUGUGGAGAACCAGCAGCCGCUCUGCAGGCGUUCGCCAGCGCCUCCUGCUGGAGGAACGCUGUGUGUGCAGCACAGCAGAUCCCCCUGCCUCCUGACCAGAUAGCACUGCUGGCACGAGACCUCGCAGAGAAGCUGAUCGAACAGAGGAGACACUCAGAAGCUGCUCUGCUGCUGGACCAGUACGCUAAAGACUGUGAGGAGGCCAUCUUGGCUCUGAUCACUGGGUCCGUCUGGGACGAGGCGCUGCGACUGAUCUACAUGCACAACAGACAGGACAUCACUGAGACCAACCUGAAGCCUGCGCUGCUGGAAGCUUUCAGCACUCAGAUUGGGUUCCUGGAGGUUCAGGUGGCGACGUUCACUCGACACCGGAUCAGACUCUCUGUGGUCCGAGAGCAGAAAGAGAAACACAGACUGGACAUGCUGGAUGAAGACGGUCCUGAUUGUCCUGAUGCUGAACUUUACUCUGAGGCCAGCAGUGUGAUGACGGGAUCCAAAUAUUCCCACAGUAACUCCCGCAUUUCCUCGAGAUCCUCAAAGAACCGGCGUAAAGCGGAGAGGAAGAAGCUGAGUCUGAAGGAGGGGAGCCCGAUGGAGGACCGAGCGCUGAUGUACGCUCUGGGAGAAAUCCUCACUACUGUGGACAAGAUGAGAGAGGAGGUCCACGGGCUGCUGAAGGCUCUGGUUCUGUUCCACUUUGAGCGUCAGGCGGAGAAGCUGCAGCAGAUUUAUGAAGAGUCUCUGCAGACAAUGGAGGCGGCGCUUCCUGAAGUCUGGAGCGACGGACAGAACAUCCAGACCCCGCUCACUGGACCCAACUCCACCGCUAACAGCAUCAUGGCGUCUUUCCAGCAGCAGCAGAACCCUGCAGCUCCUCAGCAAGCAGCUGCUGAAGUCCUGGCUCCUCCGAAGAUGAGGAAUGGAGUGAAGUGGAAGCUGGCGGUUCUCUCAUAAACAUGUUUUAGUUUUUUUAAAACUGUAAAGUAAAAUGGUAAUUGUGUAAUAAAGGUCUCCUCUUAACAGCUUA